AGGCCUCGCUGUGUGUAUCUGUGUUUGUGUGUGUGAGCGUCUCGACCUGUCUGCCCUGCACACCGCCGCCGCAGCCGGUGUACCGGGCUGCGCUGUCCUCGUCCUGCAGACCGCUAGGGCCCUGGCCUGAGGCUUGCCAGGCUGCCCGGGCUGUCGGUGCGAGUGGAGCCAGGCAUGGAUGGAAGGGCAGCCCGCCCGCCCGGAUGGGCGAUUUGGCGGAGGAUCGCCUCGGCUGCCGCACGCCUGGGCAGUGCCGCCCCGCCGGGGCAGUGUCGCGGCGGCCGCUGGGUCGGGCUGCGCGCCGACGACAGGUCUGUGGCUCUGCUGGGCACCCAGAUCGACGCCCUCAAGACGGAGGUCCGCGCCCUGCUGAGGGCAGACGCGGCGGCCCAGAGGCGGGCCAGGCCGGGCGACGGCGCGGGGCCGGCCGCGGGCAGCGCGGGCGGCACGGCCGAGGAGGAUGGCCGUGGGCGGGCCAUGGACGGCGCUGGAUCGGUUGCGCCGAUGGGCGCGGCCGCGCCCUCGGCGCCGGACGCGACCGGCUAGAGGAGGGCGAGGCGAGCCCAGCGCACAGCGCCGGCCGAGG